CAAGGAUUAAAAAAAGCCAACAAGCAUUUUUUUUUCUCCCUAUCUCUCUCUUAUCCUUCGCGAAGACACACACACAACACUUCUCUCUCCUCUUGCGUGAAAGCUUAGGGUUUCUCCAAGAUUCGCACUCGAAUUAUACCCAUCUCCAGAAGAAUCCAUCCUCAUCCCUUCCGUAAUCCUCUUCUCCACAAACUUCUCUAUCGACUGAUACAGUUUUCUCCCGUCGCCGUGGAGAAUCGAGCUCGAUUUCUGAUUUCUGAUUUCUUCGUCCCCGGAUUAUCCAGAACAAUGUGUUACUGAUCUUGAAGACUAAUCAUCAUCAUGGAACCACCCGUAAAGAUCAAUUCGAUAUCCAUAGAUCUAGCCAAGGCACCUGAUGGGAUAGACUCCGGGAAAUGCGAACAUUUCUCCAUACGUUGGUUUGUUGCUGAGAUCCGUGGAAGAGAUCAUAGAAAGUGUUGGCCGUUCUCAGAAGAUAGUGUUGAGUUAGGGAACCACGAAAGCUACUCUCUUCCUACUCUAUCUGUUGUGAAGUCUAGGUGGUGGCGUUGUGGGAGCUGUGUCAAAGAUAUCAAUGUCAAGAAGAUCAAUGACAGUGAUUGUGGGUUGCAAUCACACUCGAGGUCUGUUAAGGAGACUAAACUCAUCAAUGUUGGUUCUUCAGCAGUUCCAAGUAGAAGAAGAUUGAACUGGCUGAGUGUCUCUGACAAGAAGACAAAGAAAAAUCAUGUUCAGAAGACAGCUACAUUGCUUAAGAAAGUUCGGCGCAGAGCUAACUCUAAGGAUGCUUCUACCAUUAAGAGCAAAAAAAGCGGCAAACUCGCUAGUCCAAAGAAAGUUAGGAAGAAGAGAUCUAAAGAGAGCAGAGAGGCGGUUAACGGCGGAGAAGCUGUGACAGCUUUCGGUUCUUCUGAGAUUGCUGGUGUGGUUGACGACACUCCUGAUAAGGCAACCAAGAAGAAUGUUAUGUUUAGUCAUGUCUCGGAUGAACGUGAUAACAACAAUGUGUCACCACAGAGUAGAAAGCUUAGGAAAACUAGGAAGGUUCGUCUACUCAGUGAGUUGAUUAGUGCUCAAAGCAAAGAAACUCCGUCCAAAAGGCCCUCCAGAGGUAGGAAACGAAAGUCUUGUGGAGAUGAAGACUGCACAUCUGCUGAGAUGACCAAUUACGCCAGCAGGAUAUUAAGUACAAUGGGAAACAAAACUUGUGAUGAUAAUAAUAAUAAUACUGUCUCUGGUGAAGAAUCAAGACCAAGUGGUGAGAGCCUAUCUACUGACAGCGGAUUUAACAAAGAGGGAAAGCAGAGGUUACAACAGGUUUUGGAAGCAGAAACUGCACAAGUGAAUCCUUAUGACUACGCUUCGUUUCCUGGCAAAGAGUUGGUUCCUUGUCCUCUGCAUACUCAGAGAACAGAGAAAGAGAUCGGUUUAGACAAAAAGAGAAAGACGAAAGCUCCUAUGACAGAUCACACCAAUAGUACUAUCAUCACUUUUAGUGACAACAUGGAUACUUUUCCGCAACCCUGUCCGAGAAAUACAAUGCCUCAGUCUACUCGAGAUUUCCUGAAUUCGAAAUGGCUUGACAGUUCAUUUGACAGAGAUGGACAGUUCAAUAAGUUUCCCUCUCAGUUUGAUGAUGGUAGACCUCUCUUUCCAUUAUUGCCUUUGCAAGAUACAAUGCAUCAUUACAAGGAUGCUGAUGGUGCGAUGCUGAAAGGUAUAGGAACAAACCAUUUCCGAAACUUUGGUUCCUCCUUUAACUCCACCAAUGCGGAGGCGUGCUUGAGGACUGGAGUGAAUGUUAACUUCAGCAGCAACGUAGAUACCUUUAGAUCCUCCUCCUCUUCGCUGACUGAUAAGCUAAGCCACAUCUCUUCUGCCGAAGUUCCAUAUGGUUCUUGUUCUCUGCAAAAGGAUAUAUCCACGGCACAUGGAAAGGGCAAGGCAUCUGAGCAUAUAGACGAUAUUCCCAUGGAAAUAGUCGAGCUAAUGGCAAAGAAUCAAUACGAAAGGUGUCUUCCUGACAGAGAAGAGGACAAACAGCCAACCACUAGCGUAUCCAAGAACGCUCUGCUGAUUGAUCUCAAUGAGACAUAUGAUAACAGCAUGGACAACAACAACAACAACACAACAAGGCAACCAAAACCUCUUGGUAAGAAUGUCUGGAACAGCGAUGUCGCCACUAAGGAAGGACAGUUUAUGGCUGGAAGGCAGUGGAUAAGUAGUGUGCCUUUCGGGGUUGGGAAUCCUCCUCUGACCCGAGAUAACCAACCAAGCUCCAUCCAGUUUUCUGGUGUAGUAAGCCCUAAUAGCCAGCGGAUAAGUAGUUUGCCAGCAAACCAACAUAACCCAUUCAGGGUACUGCGUCCUUGUAACACUUGCCAAAGUGUUCAACAGCAGCAGAACAGAGACGCUUCUUCUCAUCGUCCUGUUUGGGUGUCUCCCACACCAGCUCAUAAACCAGUUUCUCUAAACAUGCAGAAGUUCAUGGAUCAUCAUCAUCAGUCAACAAAGCUGGAGAAUCCGAAUACAAGGAACCUGAACUUUACUGAUAACGGGAAGCAAAAACUUGGGUUGGAAGGAGUCGGUAACAACAGAUCAUUGGACACUUUCUCUAGUGAAAGCAGCAUACCAGCGAUGCACCUACUGAGCCUCAUGGAUCCGCGUCUGAGGUCUAACGUUCCCGUUGAUCAGAGCCGGAACGCUAGCUUUGCGAAGCCACCGGUUCACCAGUCUCAACCAGGGGACUGUAACAAAACAGCCUACUCCACGAAGCAGUGGCCGUUUGAUCUUUACAGCAAAAGAGUAGUAACUCCCGAGACUUCUCGUGGAAAUUUAGCCAUCGUUCCACCAGUUGGCACGUCCUCAAUAUCGUUUCAAAGUGAAAUGAGUCCUGCAGAAAACGCUGACUUCAGAUUCCAAGCUUCAUGGAACCAUCACCAGGAGAAAAACUCCAUUGCCCCGUACAACAACAGUUCUCAUCACAAGCCGGUCUUCACAAGCAGCAGCAGCGAUCCUGGGAAGUUCCAGCUUCUUGGAGCAUCAGAUUCUAUGAAGCUACCUCUCAAAUAUCACAUGAAAGAUAACGCCAAGAAACACAAGUCGAAAAACCACAACAACGCCGCCGUCUCUGCCUGUCCUCCAACGACCAUUUGUGGACGUUUUGUGUGCAGUGUCAGUAGAAACCCAGCUGAUUUCACCAUUCUUGAUGCACCUGGGAACGUUUAUAUGAUUAAGGGUGAAGAUCUUAAGGUCAGCAAACAGCCGAGCUUCAGGAAGAAACAAAACUUGUGUAAGCAGGAUGCAUUGAUGCAAAACAAGGUCUCUUUUGCUCCUACUGAUGCAGAGAAUGCCUGAAAUAUCUUAUUUGGGAGUUUGUUUUUUUGUCAGGUAAUUGACUAGAACCAGUUUAGUACUAAGAAACAGUGGUGUCCUUGCUUUCUCAUGUCCAUUUCUAACAAAUUGUUUUUGAUAUUUGGGUCCAAAUUCAAUGUGAAGCAGGUAAAGUAACAGGAGAGACAUGCAUUGUAGAUACAGAGGGAUACGCACCCAUUCCUCUUUGCUUUUUUUUUAUCAGAGAAGAUUAUUAUCUCCUCUUGUUUCUUUCUUGACAACUUAAAAAAGAAUUUUUUGUAUGUUUGAUGUCUCAACAAGUCGAGAGGUGUAAUAUGCUAGGAACAGAACUAAAGGGAAAACAUGUACCACGGUACAAUUGGGAAGAAGUAUAACUUGUCUCUGAACUGAGUGCCUGUAGUGUCAAUGAAAUGGUUUUUGAGGUGA